UGGGCCGGGCAUGAGGGCGGGGGAGAAGGUGGCGUGGCUGGGAGAGUGGAAGGAGGAGUGGGAAGGGCACAAAACCAGCUUCCCAGAGGCGGCUCGACUCCACUGCGCAUCUGGGCAGGAGGGGUCUCUGGGUCAGUAGCUGGGAGGCCGCCCCAGAGACUUAGUUUCCAGCUGGCAAUUCAGUGGGACCUGUUUACUGGCGCGCUGGCGUGGCCUGGGUGGCAUCAGUUGGUGAGGGCAGACGCCAGCCUAGCGACACCUCCUAAGCAACCAGAGCUCAGGAAGCCAGAGAGAUCCGGGAAGAAAGAGAAGCCCAGGAGGAGAAAGGGGCUCUAGGGAGCCCAGCUUCUCAGAGUUCCCUCAGGUGCUGGUGGAGACCCGUUACAUGGUCGCAAGUGCAAAAUUGGAAAUGGCUUCCCCAGAACCUAAAAGCCUUGUUCCCUUCACAAGAGAGUCUCUUGAACUUAUGAAACAGCAUAUUGCUAAAAAGGACAGUGAUGAACACCAAGAUUUAAAGCCAAACGCUGACUUGGAAGUAGGAAAAGAGCUUCCAUUUGUUUAUGGAAAUCUUCCUCGAGGAAUGGUGUCAGAGCCCUUGGAAGAUGUGGACCCAUACUACAGGAAUAAAAAUACUUUCAUGGUGUUAAAUAGAAAGAGAACAAUCUUCAGAUUCAAUGCCACCUGGUGUACAUUGUCUCCUUUCAGUUCAAUUAGAGGAACAACUAUUAAGAUUUUGGUACAUCCCUUUUUCCGACUGCUAAUUUUAACUAGUGUCCUGAUUGACUGCGUAUUUAUGACCAUGAUUAAUUUGCCAAAAUGGUGGCCAGCAUUACAGGAUACUUUGCUUGGAAUUUACACAUUUGAAAUACUUGUAAAACUCAUUGCAAGAGGCAUCUGGGCAGGAUCUUUUUAUUUCUUUGGUGAUCCAUGGAACUGGCUGGAUUUCAGCGUAACCUUGUUUGAGCAUAUAACAAGAUACUCUCCUCUAAAAUUCAUUCUAAUAUUUAGAAUUACAAGAAAUUUGAGAAUUUUGAAAAUCAUUCCUUUAAACCAAGGUCUGAAGUCUUCUGUAGGGAUCCUGAUCUGUUGCUUGAAGAAACUUACUGGUGUCAUUAUCCUAACUCUGUUUUUUCUGAGCAUAUUUUCUUUAAUUGGGAUGGGGCUUUUCAUGGGCAACCUGAAGCAUAAAUGUUUGCGAUGGCCCCAAGAAAAUGAAACUGAAACCCUGCACAACAGAACUGGAAACCCAUAUUAUAUUCGAGAAACAGAAAACUUUUACUAUUUGGAAGGAGAAAGGUAUGCUCUCCUUUGUGGCAACGGAACAGAUGCUGGUCAGUGUCCUGAAGGAUAUGUGUGUGUAAAAGCUGGCAUAAACCCCGAUGAUGGCUACACAAAUUUUGACAGUUUUGGCUGGGCCUUACUUGCCCUAUUUCGGCUAAUGACACAGGAUUACCCUGAAGCACUUUAUCACCAGAUCCUCUAUGCUUCUGGGAAAGUCUACAUGAUAUUUUUUGUUGUGAUAAGUUUUUGGUUUGCUUUUUAUAUGGCGAGUUUGUUCUUGGGCAUACUUGCUAUGUCCUAUGAAGAAGAAAAGCAGACAGCUGCUGAGAAAGCUAAGAAGAUUGAACCAGAAUUUCAGCAGACUCUAAAAGAAUUUCAAGAAGGAAAUGAAGCAGCUGAGACCAACACCACUCAAAUAGAAAUGAAGAAAAGAUCACCAACUUCUACGAUCACUUCUUUGGAUAUGUUGGAUGAUGCUGCCAUCAGACGUAAAGAAGAACUUAAAAAAUCCAGGAAAGGAUGUUCAUUGUGUUGGUAUAGAUUUGCUCAAACUUUUUUGAUCUGGAAUUGUUCUCCCUGUUGGUUAAAAUUGAAAGAGUUUGUCCAUAUGAUUAUAAUGGACCCAUUUACUGAUCUUAUCCUUACCAUAUGCAUAAUUCUAAACAUGUAUUUUUUGGCCUUGGAACAUUAUCCAAUGAGUGAAGAAACCAUCAGUGUUCUCAGCAUUGGAAACCUGGUUUUUCUUGGAAUUUUCACAGCAGAAAUGAUUUUUAAAAUAAUUGCCAUGCAUCCAUAUGGGUAUUUCCAAGUAGGUUGGAACAUUUAUGAUUGCCUAAUUGUGUUUCAUGGUUUAGCAGAACUUUAUCUAACGAAUAUUCAUGGAAUGGCUCUUUUGCGAUCAUUCAGGGUGUUGCGAAUUUUCAAAUUGGGGAAAUAUUGGACGACAUUUAACAUUCUGAUGUUGACUCUUAGUAACUCACUGGAGGCCCUGAAAGACUUGGUCCUGCUGUUGUUCACAUUUAUGUUCUUUUCUGCUGUGGUUGGCCUGGAGCUGUUUGGUUUAAGCUACAAAGAAUGUGUCUGCAAAAUAGACAAAGACUGUCAACUCCCACGAUGGCACAUGCAUGACUUCUUCCACUCCUUCUUGAAUGUGUUCCGAAUUCUCUGUGGAGAGUGGAUAGAGACUUUAUGGGAUUGUUUUAAGGUAGCAGGCCAUUUCAGCUGUAUUCCUUUUUACAUGAUGGUCAUAUUAAUUGGAAACUUAUUGAUACUUUACCUGUUUCUGGCAUUGGUGAGCUCAUUUAGUUCAUACAAGGCUGCAACAACUGAAGAGAACAAUGAAGCAAAAAAUCUCCAGCAUGCAGUGGCAAGGAUUAAGAAAGGAAUAAACUAUUUGCUUUCUAGAAUACUAUGCAAAAAACAGAAUGUUAUAAAGGAGACUGUGGACAAUGUAAAUGAUAUAUAUGUUAAAGAGAAUAUUUCUGACCAUACUCUUUCUGAAUUGAGCAACACCCAAGAUUUCCUCAAGGAUAAGGAAAAAAGCAGUGGCACAGAGAAAAACACACUGACGGAAAAUGAGAGUCAGUCACUUAUCCCCAGUCCUACUGUCUCAGAAACUGUACCAAUUGCUUCAGGAGAAUCUGAUAUAGAAAAUCUGGAUAAUAAGGAGAUACAGAGCAAGUCAGGUGAUGGAAGCAGCAAAGAGAAGGUGAAGCAAUCUAGCUCAUCUGAAUGCAGUACAGUUGAUAUUGCUAUCUCUGAAGAAGAAGAAAUGGUCUAUGAACGUGAAAAACCAAAGCAUCUUAAAAAUGGUUAUGGACGAAGAUCUUCAUCUGGUCAAAUCAGCAGAGAAUCCAAGAAAGGGAAAAUUUGGCAGAACAUAAGGCAAACCUGCUGCAAGAUAGUAGAAAACAGUUUUUUUCAAUGUUUCAUUGGCUUUGUCACUCUGCUCAGCACAGGUGCUCUGGCUUUUGAAGAUAUAUAUAUCGAUCAGAGAAAGACUAUUAGGAUCUUAUUAGAAUAUGCUGACAUGAUAUUCACUUAUGUCUUCGUUCUGGAAAUGCUUCUAAAGUGGAUGGCAUAUGGUCUUAAAGCCUAUUUCAGUAGUGGCUGGUACAAGCUAGACUUCGUGGUUGUUAUCGUGUUUUGUCUUAGCUUAAUAGGCAAAUCUCGAGAAGAACUAAAACCACUUAUUUCCAUUAAAUUCCUUCGGGCACUCAGAGUUCUAUCUCAGUUUGAAAGAAUGAAGGUGGUUGUGAGAACUUUGAUAAAAACUACUUUACCCGCUUUGAAUGUGUUUCUGGUCUGCCUUAUGAUCUGGCUGGCUUUUAGCAUCAUAGGAGUACAUUUAUUUGCUGGCACGUUCUAUGAAUGCAUCGACCCAACAAGUGGAGAAAGGUUUCCUAUAUCUGAAGUCAUGAAUAAGAGCCAAUGUGAAAACCUCGUGUUUAAUGAAUCCAUGCCAUGGGAGAAUGCAAAACUGAACUUUGAUAAUGUUGGAAAUGGUUUCCUUUCACUGCUUCAAGUAGCAACAUUUAAUGGAUGGAUCACUAUUAUGAACUCAGCAGUCGAUUCUAUGGGUGUAGAUAUGCAGCCUAAUUUUGAAGGCAAUAUCUACAUGUAUUCCUACUUUAUCAGCUUCAUUAUCAUCGGAUUAUUUCUUCCACUGAGUAUGCUGAUUGGCGUUAUUAUUGUUAAUUUCAACAAGCAUAAAAUAAAGCAGGGAGGCUCAAAUCUCUUUAUAACAGUAAAACAGAAGAAACAACACCAUGCACUGAAGAGGCUGAUGUCUGAGGACUCGCGAAAACCAGUACCUCGCCCAGGAAACAAGUUCCAAGGAUUCAUCUUUGACUUGGUGACAAAUCAAGUUUUUAAUAUCAUCAUUAUGGUGCUUAUCUGUUUCCAAGCGAUAACAAUUAUGAUAGAAAGUGACGAACAGAGUCCAAAAAUGGACACUGCUCUCCACUGGAUUAAUGCAGUUUUUGUUAUGCUAUACACUGGAGAAUGUAUACUGAAGCUCAUCUCUUUCCACUGUAACUAUUUCACCGUCGGAUGGAACAUUUUUGAUUUUAUGGUGGUUGUUUUCUCUAUUACAGGACUACUUCUGCCUCUGAUGGUAGGACCCUACCUUGUGCCUCCUUCCCUUGUGCAACUGAUACUUCUCUCAAGGAUCAUCCACAUCCUGCAUCCUGGGAAAGGACCAAAGGUGUUCAAUGAUCUGCUGCUUCCUUUGAUGCUGUCUCUCCCAGCAUUGUUGAACAUUGGUCUUCUCAUCUUCCUGGUCAUGUUUAUCUAUGCCAUCUUUGGGAUGUACAAUUUUGCCUAUGUUAAAAAGGAAGCUGGAAUUAAUGAUGUGUCCAACUUUGAAACCUUUGGCAGCAGUAUGCUCUGUCUUUUUCAAGUUACGAUAUUUGCUGGUUGGGAUGGGAUGCUCAAUGCAAUUUUCAACAGUAAAUGGUCUGACUGUGAUCCUGAUAAAAUUAACCCUGGGACUCAGGUUAGAGGAGAUUGUGGUAACCCCUUUGUUGGGAUUAUUUAUUUUGUCAGUUACAUCCUCAUAUCGUGGCUGAUCAUUGUAAACAUGUACAUUGUUGUUGUCAUGGAGUUUUUAAAUAUUGCUUCUAAAAAAAAGGCCAAGACGUUGAGUGAAGAUGAUUUUAGGAAAUUCUUUCAGGUAUGGAAGAGGUUUGAUCCUGAAAUGACCCAGUACAUAGACUCCAGCAAGCUUUCAGAUUUGGCAGCUGCUCUUGAUCCUCCUCUUUUCAUGGCAAAACCAAACAAGAGCCAGCUCAUUGCCAUGGAUCUUCCCAUGGCUGUUGGGGACAGAAUUCAUUGCCUUGACAUCUUACUUGCUUUAGCAAAGCGAGUUAUGGGUACAGAUGAGAGGGUGGAGAAAGUUCUUUCAGAGAUGGAAUCAGGGUUUCUGUUAGCCAACCCUUUUAAGAUCACAUAUGAACCAAUUACAACUACUCUGAAACGAAAACAAGAGGCAGUCUCAGCAACCAUCAUUCAGCGUGCUUAUAAAAGUUACCGUUUGAGGCAAAAUGACAAAACUACAUCAGAUAUUCAUAUGAUAGACGGUAACAGGGAAGUUCAAGCUACCAAAGAAGAUGCCUAUUUUGACAAGGCUGAGGGAAAGUCAGCUAUUCAAAGCCAGAUCUAAUCCCACUUCCUACCUUUUCACCUUCUUCACAUUUCCCCAAAACAUGAGAAGUUUAAAUCAGAAAUAAAAGCAAAGAUCAGAGAAAGUAAAGAUUUCACUUAAUAUUCAAUUGUUUACAACCCGGGGAAUUUAAGCUUUGUUCUCAAGACUCCAAGUCAAAUUCACUUUUUACCCCUAUAUAUUCAGUCUAACCAAGACAACCCCUUAAUAUCACUGCAGAGUUAAAGUGGGUUAAAAUUCCCUUUUGAUAAUCCAACGCUUGUUUUCCCUAUACGGCUUCUAUGGUGUGUGCUUCUUCUGGAGGAUGGGGGAGAUGGUAGUAGAGAUUAGUUGCAAGGGCUUCUUCAUAUAGCUUAUGUCUACUUCAACUUAGUUACAAAUAAACGACCACUGUCUUAAUGUGGGGUCGUGUUAGAAAAAAAACAGCACAAUGCUACAGGCCAUUAAAUCAUAAACUUGCCUAGACAGAUGCCAACUGGAGGAAGAGGAAGGGCGAUUCUGGGAGUGCCUUUGAGAUCCAUUACAGAGACUCUUGGGCUGAUUCAAACCACGUUUGAAAAAGAUUGAUUGUAGCCCCAUCUUGGUUUUUGUUUUCAUUUAUUUUUGGUACUAGGAGCUAAUGUUUCCUAGUUCUCAGAUUCCUGGUCUCUCAUCUCUCUGGUUAGUUCCCCCCAAUCUCCAGCUCUUUAACAGAAUGCAUUCACAGAACAAGAAGCACAAGGGGAACUACAGUUAUUGCCGACCUUUUCCUAAUUUUUUUCAUGUACACUUUUUUAAAAAGCAUACAUUUACUAAAAUGAUAUAACAGAGAAUAUUACAAUAGACUCGAGUCUUACUUUAGCAUAAAACUGGCGUAUUUUUUACCAUUUAUCCAUAAUGUAACAUUGAGUAUGUAAGAGCUGGCAAAGACAUGUCAUAAAUAAGAACUAGAAAAGUCAAGGGCUACCAUUUUGUCUAGGGAUUUUCACAGUGUCUUGAUCCCUAGUUGGAAACUGGCCACUUUGAAGUACUUUUCAUUGCACUUUAUGACUCUUUAUAACUUAGAGAAAGAAAAUGAUUGCUCAAACUGUGAGGACUCUGAAUUAGGAGAUCAAAGUGUAAGUUUGUUGUUGGUGGUGGUGUACAACAUUUGCGUAUGCAAGUUAGUUGUCACUUUCUCAUUUAUCUUUCCAAGUAUUUUUGUUGUUUUUAAUCUCAUCACAUCCAUAAUUACUCUGUAAAUUGUUUUAUGUUUGAAAACUUUAAAAUCCUAAACAUUAAUUUUCACUGUUGAAAUUAUUUUUAAAAGAUAGGCACAAGUAGUGUUUUUCUGACAUAGUCAUAAAAAUGCAGUCCCUUACACCCAUGUAGUUUGAGAUUCUGAUAUUUAUCUCAUUUGUAAGAAGAUUGAUUUCAAUGUGCCUACAAAGUUCUAAGGGGUUCAUAAAGAAAAUAUGUAUACUGUUGACUUAAAUGACAAGUUUUAACUAUGUUGUAUGACAUUCAAUAUCACUUAAAUUCAGUAAUUGUGUUUUGUUAUGCAUGCAUGAUCUUGAGCCUUAACUAUUGUAAUCUAUUUCUGCUCCUCGGAAUUGUAUCAACUGACCAAGAUGCCUUUGGGGGAUCCCCUAAGCAAAUGUAAUUUCAGGGUUCUGUUUCUCUCUCUAAGUGUUCCUUCUCUUUCUCCUCCUGUUCUCCAUCAAGCAAUGGGGACCAGUGAGGAAUCAGUGUUAACUGGGUGACAUGGUGACAGCUGGUGCUUUAUCUAAGCUUCUCCCCUUUCUAUUUCUUGGAAAUGCUUUAAUGUGGAAACUGCUUCAGAUAUUUAAACGAAAUCUUCUCUUGCUUCUGUAAAUUUCGUGAAGACCACGGACUGAUUUUAGUUUGAAAAUUGUGUCUUUUACUUGUAAACCAUGUUUGCCACUAACUUUCCAAAAACUAUGUAAAUAAUUAUUUUUAACAAAGUGUUUACAAUAUAUUCUACGUUUUAGAUACUAUAGAAAAUAGUAAAAACAACUUGUUAACCACA